UCUGAGCGUCUCCCUGACACGAUGUGAACGUCUGUGGAGCUUUCUGUGUUGGCAGCUGCCUGGAGAAACGUGGAAGUGCGUGGACGCUGAAGCAGAAGAUCUCCUCUCGGCUCUGGGCGUUCGAAGCUUAGAGCUCAGCUCGUCCAGCUUCUUCGUGCUUCCAGGUACAGAGAGUCCGCGAGCGGAGCAGAGAGCAGUUCAGAGCAUGCGCUCGGCGCGGCAGAGCAUCAUCUCCUGCAGCGACCGUGAGGCGAACUGUACGGCCGCGCGCCACCCGGACACCCUGAAGCUGUCAGGAUCCUCCGCGUGGAGCUCCAACGACUCGGCCGUUGACGCGCUCCAGCUCAAGGAGCUCCAACUGCCGGCUGCGGCCGCUACGACCGUGGCGAUGGUGCCCGAGGCGCCACGCCCAUUCCCCACCGUGGAUGUGCCCGACCACGCCCACUACACCAUUGGCUCCGUGAUUCUCACCAUCGGCAUCACGGGCAUGAUUGGGAACUUCCUGGUCAUCUACGCCUUCAGCAGGAGUCGCAGCCUGCGCACGCCGCCCAACAUGUUCAUCAUUAAUUUGGCCAUCACUGACCUCCUGAUGUGCAUCACCCAGUCACCCAUCUUCUUCACCACCAGCAUGCACAAGAGGUGGAUCUUUGGAGAGAAAGGCUGCGAGCUGUAUGCUUUCUGUGGCGCUCUGUUUGGGAUCUGCUCCAUGAUCACGAUGACGGUGAUCGCUAUCGACCGUUACUUCGUCAUCACGAGGCCUCUCACAUCCAUUGGAGUGCUGUCUCGGAAGCGGGCCCUCCUCAUCCUCGUGGCGGCCUGGGCCUACUCGCUGGGCUGGAGCCUGCCGCCGUUCUUCGGCUGGAGCGCCUACGUCCCUGAGGGCCUGAUGACCUCCUGUACAUGGGACUACAUGACCUUCACGCCGUCUGUGAGAGCCUACACCAUGCUGCUCUUCAUCUUCGUUUUCUUCCUGCCUCUCUUCAUCAUCAUCUACUGCUACAUCUUCAUCUUCCGCGCCAUCCGCACCACCAACCAGGCAGUGGGGAAGAUUAACGGCAGUGUUCACAGUCACGGCAGCACUCGUGAUUCCAUGAAGAGUUUCCAUCGGCUGCAGAACGAGUGGAAGAUGGCGAAGAUCGCGCUCAUCGUCAUCCUGCUCUACGUCAUCUCCUGGUCGCCGUACUCCACCGUGGCCCUCACCGCCUUCGCCGGGUACGCAGACAUGUUGACACCCUACAUGAACUCUGUCCCCGCCAUCAUCGCCAAGGCCUCGGCCAUCCACAACCCCAUCAUCUACGCCAUCACACACCCAAAAUACAGGAUAGCGUUGGCCAAGUACAUCCCAUGUCUUGGCGUGCUGCUCUGCGUCCGUCCUCGUGACAUCCGCUCGACCAGCAGCAGCUUCGUGUCGACGCGCCGCUCUACUGUGACCAGCCAGACCUCUGGCAUCAGCAGCCAGUUCAGGCGGCAGAGCACUUUCAAGUCCCGCCUCUCCUCUGCCUCUGACAGCGAAUCGGGUCUGACAGACACCGAGGCUGACCUGUCCAGUCUGGGAUCCAGACCGGCCAGCCGUCAGGUCUCCUGUGACAUCAGCAGAGACACCGCCGAGCUGCCCGACUUCAAACCCUCAUCCAGCUUCAAGUCCAAGCUGAAGAGCCACGACUCGGGCAUCUUUGAAAAGACGUCCUGUGACACUAAGCUUCCCACGGCAGGAGCAGGUGAACGCAGCAGCAGUUCAAAUAACGGUGAUUUUACAGAUGGUGCAAGAGGCGCACUCUGUCGAAUCCCGAGUAUCGUCAUCACCUCCGAGUCCAGCCCUUUCCUUUCCACGGGACGAAGUGGUUCCCGCACAUCUCGAUCGAAGGCGACCAACAGCAGCGGCGGUGGAGGUGCAGAGGCGGGUUCGGCGUAGAGCUCCACCCCCCUCUCCUGUUUAAACACCUGCAGCCAUGUGACCACCUAAGGUCCAGGCAGAUAUUUGGGACUGUGCAGUUCAGAAAAAGCCAUCAGAACUCAUCAGAUUGUAAAUCUGCAGGUCGUUUAUAGAUUUUACCCGAUUUGUACCGAUAUGGAUGGAGACAAAUUCCAAACCCAACCUGGAGCUGUUUUACCAACGAACAAAACAGUUUACUUAAAGAGCAGCUUACCUGAAACAAGGUGUAUCCUCUCACUCUGUUUGGUUGUUUUGAGUGAAGGGAAAGCAGCUGCUGUGAGUUGAAAUGUUACAGAAUUCAUAUUUUGCAUUGAGUUGCUCUUUAAAGAGCUCCUGAAAGCUGAGAGCAGGUCUGAUCUUUGAUUACACUGCAGCCACACGGACUCUGAGGGUGGAAAUGUUCAGUCAGACUGAUGAAAAUGCCUCUUUAGCCAAGGUCUCCUGUGACAGGUGAGGGUCCCUUUAGAGGUUUUCUGGUGUCUGAGAGGACUUUGAGCUGAGGGAGGAGAUUCUUCAUUCUGUGAUUCCUCAGUAAACCGUGUGCUUUCCUGCCCUUGGUCUUCUUAUGUUUCUGCUUUGCAUGUGGAUUUCCAUCUCAGACCUCAAUGUGAUGCCACCGGAGCAAAUCAUAAAGGUUAAAUCAUGAAGAUGGUUAUGUGCAUCCCAUCUAACCAAAACUAACUAUAAAUUCAAGAAAUCACUGACUCAGUGCCAAUAAGAACAUCUCAGGACAUCGAUCUUAUACCCACAGUGAUUACCGAUCGCUGUGGAUGUGGCUCUGCACCAAGCAGUUUUUCUGCUCAUUUCCAACUUUAAAGUAUUUUUUAAAUCUUUUUUGUCAUUAUGAACAGUUUAGAAAAACAAAACCUUUGUAUCGGCCUUUAAAGCUGCCCCUCUGUUCAUCUUCUAUCUGAAAUGAGCCAUUUUAGCUCCUGUCUCUUUAAGAACACCCCCACCCCCAUAAACCCACUGUUUCCUGAUUGGUCAGCUUCCAGAAACCUAAUAAGGGGCAGUAAAAAGAACAGCCAUCCAAACCUUCUUUAAGAAUAAAAAACAUAAAGCUGCUUUUCUUGCCCACAACGUUUUUGGCCUGCAUAGUUGUGACUUCUUGAACCACAGCAGUAGGAGAGCUGAAACGAUGCUCAUUUAUUUGUUGUGUAACCAACACUGAUAUGUUCUAAACUGAGGGGUGUAACUACGAAGAAGAUUAUUGGGUUAGUGAACUGUGUAGAGCUUAAAGUCAUAAUUUUCCAUGUCACCAAUGUGGCCCUUAUUUUACAAGCUAAAUCACCAUGGCAACUGAUGCUGAACACAUCACCUGGCCAGGAGCAGGUUAUGUUUGAAUUUUCAGUUUAAAAUUGUCUGGAAGCGCCAAGUUGUCAACGAUUCUUUUAUUUCUGGCAUGUUUUCAGUGUGAUAUAGAUUCUAUAUCUACUUACAAAGAGCGCUGAAUGAAGCAAAAAGUAAUGUUGCUGUAAUGUUGUGCUUAGAAGUAAACAGCAGCAUUGAGCGCGCUCAGACACAAAAUCUUUCACUGCAAUUCAAAUCUCUGUGACACAAAUCACCAGAUUAAUCAGUUUCUCCAAUAAUCUUCAGAUUAUUUAGCUGUUAUAUUUUAUGUUCUUUGUAAACAUUUAAUUUCUUUUUAAUAAUAUUUUACUUACUAUUUUAUCAUCCUCACUUUAUAACAUCUCUAAAUGGAGCGGGUGGCGCUCACGGGGAUCAUUUUGUGAAGAAAAAAAAGAGUCACAUGAUGCACGAAUCGUCUUUCUUCAGUUGAUAACCUGUCAUCUCUGUUAUCUCUGGGGCUUUGCUGAUCCAGCUAAGACAAAGAAAGCCUGGAUAUGUAGCUUUCCUUCGUAGUACACCCUUCAGGGUUAGUUCACGUUCAACAACCAUAUCUAAACCAGGAAUAACAAACCAAAAAGUCAACUGCUGUGUUUUAGCUGUAAAUUCUAGUUUAGUAUUUAGUAUUUAUUAUUUAUUUAUUUAUUGUCAUUGUCAAGAACAAUGAA